AUCUCAUCUAGUUUAUAUUUCUUAACGUUUUCAUUCUCAUUGUUCAUUGUUUUUGUGUGAAAAAAGCUUUAGUUUAAUAAACCACUGUAAAAUGAAUAUAAUGCAUACGUUACGAUUUAGCUGUCAAAGGAAUAUCCAUCAAAUUCGCCAAUUUCACAAAUGUAUUAUUCAACAAUCAGAAGUUGCUGCUACAGCUAGUACAACUUCUGUGCCUGAGUCUGUUUCUACACAGCAAGAACCAGUUAAUGCUAAAAUAGAAAUGAUUGCUAAUCACAUCGUUUCCUUAAAUCUUAUAGAAGUAGCUCAAUUGAGUGACUUACUUAAAAAAAGAUUAAACUUGCCAGAUGCACCUGUAAUGCCUAUGGGUGGUUUUGUUAGUGCUGCAUCAAAAGUAGAAGAAGAUAAUGAUGAACCUCAAGUAGUACAAACUGCAUUUAGUGUUAAACUUACUGGUUAUGAUGAAAAACAAAAGAUUGCUCUAAUAAAAGAGAUAAAGACCAUAUUACCAGAUUGUAAUCUUGUCCAGGCCAAAAAGUUUGUUGAGAGUGUACCAGCCACAAUCAAAUCUGAUAUCUCAAAAGAAGAGGCUGACAAGAUAAAGGAAGUCAUCACCAACGUCGGUGCUAUAGUUGAAAUUGUUUAAUUUUUUUAUUUAAAUAUAUAUGGAAAUUCAUCUUUUAUGGAUUUAGUAGAAUUUUAUAAUAAAGUAAGCAUUUACAAUAAUCCAUUAAACAAAAAUAAAAUAAUUCCACUAUUUUA